AUGCCAUCAUGCUACCCCUGCUGCUCUUCUCCCCCCGCCCCCCCCCAGUCCCUUCUGGAGCUGCACAAGCUUCGGAAAGCCCUGACCGAGCCAGAAGCCCGUUACUACCUGCGGCAGAUCAUCCUGGGCUGCCAGUACCUGCACAGCAACCGCGUCAUUCAUCGCGACCUGAAGCUGGGCAACUUGUUCCUGAACGACGACAUGGAGGUGAAGAUCGGUGACUUCGGCUUGGCCACACGAGUGGAGUACGACGGUGAGCGGAAGAAGACGCUGUGCGGGACGCCGAACUACAUUGCCCCCGAGGUGCUGGGCAAGAAAGGACACAGCUUCGAGGUGGACAUCUGGUCCAUCGGCUGCAUCAUGUACACCCUCCUGGUUGGGAAGCCACCGUUUGAAACCUCCUGCUUGAAAGAAACUUACAUUCGGAUUAAGAACAACGCAUACACUAUUCCUACGCACAUCAACCCCGUGGCCGCUAGUCUCAUCCAGAAGAUGCUGCAGCACGACCCGGCUGCCCGCCCCACCAUUGACGAGCUGCUGAGCGAGGAGUUCUUCACAGCAGGCUACAUCCCUUCGCGGCUGCCUACCACGUGCCUCACGGUUCCUCCCCGGUUCUCUCUGGCCCCCAGCAGCUCCGACCCCAGCAGCAGGAGGCCUCUUGCAGUGGUGAACAAAGGACCAGAGAGCCCUGCCUUAGAGAAGGUGCCCACGAAGGAGGACGAGACCGCCCAGCCUGAGCCGGGACAGCCUCUGCCCUGCUACCUGGCUGACCUGCUGCAGCAGCUGACGCGAGUCAACUCUUGCCGGCCCUCAGAAAAAAACCCUGUCAGACAAGAGGAGGCUGAAGACCCGGCCUGCAUUCCCAUCUUCUGGGUUAGCAAAUGGGUGGACUACUCUGACAAAUAUGGCCUAGGCUACCAACUGUGUGAUAAUAGUGUUGGGGUUCUUUUCAACGAUUCUACUCGUCUGAUCAUGUACAGUGAUGGGGACAAACUGCAAUACAUUGAGCAGAACGGCUCUGAGCUAUAUUUUGAUGUGCGCUCUUACCCAGAUGCUUUCAGCAAGAAGAUUAAGCUGCUGGAAUAUUUCCAGAACUACAUGAGCGAGCACUUGCUGAAAGCCGGCGCCAACGUCACCCCCCGGGAAGGAGACGAGUUGGCGCGUCUCCCUUAUCUCUUGAACUGGUUCCGCACCCGCAGUGCAAUUGUCCUGCACCUGAGCAACGGCACCGUGCAGGUCAACUUCUUCCAGGACCACACCAAGGUCAUCCUCUGCCCCUUGAUGGCUGCCGUCACCUACAUCAACGAGAGGCGGGAGUUCCGGACCUACAAGCUGACCCUGAUCGAGGAGUUUGGCUGCUGCAAGGAGCUGGCCAGCCGCCUGCGUUAUGCCCGUACCAUGGUGGAGAAGCUGCUGAUUUCUAAAUCGGGAGCCGCCCCCAUAAGACCACCGACCUAGAGCCUGGGGGGGUCUUUUGGCUCAAAACUGUCCAGCCCCCUUGGCGGGCCUUCCCUGGCUGGGGGCCAGAAGGCCCCCCGCUGCUUUAGGGGUCUGGGGGCCCCUCGGCUAGAGAAGGACUGUAACUUAACAGGAAGUAUUUUCUCCGCAUUCUGAUAGAAAAGCCCCAUCCCCUUUUCUGCCCUAAUUCAGACUAAGCUGUUUUAUACUCACUUUUGAAUAAAGAGAAGCCCCUGGCUGUUGCCUUUUGACUUGG